CUGACAGCCAUAAUCUACAAUCAGUUCCGCGGCUAUUUAUUGAAAUCUGUUCAGACUUCUCUACUCAGACGGCGGUUGGGAAUUCGAGCUGCCUUUGAAAUCCUUUCCUUCCACAGAGAAGUUAUAUCGCACAGUUGUGACCAAGCGGCCUGCGUUGACUGUGUAACCUUCGUUAAAGUCUUACAGGAAGUAAAAAUGGAUGGCUACUGCAAACUAGCAAUCAUCGAGAAAGUAAGAUGCUUCCCCAGCGGUGUUAUCUCUGCAGAGCAAUUUCAGAAACUAUUUGAUGAACUUGAUAAGGAUCCCGUCAGACAGCACCCGCCCCAGCCUGUGUACCAGUCUAGGUUCCUGCAGAUUUUGCAGAUCAUUGGAAGCCAUCGGUACUUCGACUAUCUGGGGAACAUUGUGGCUUUGGCCAAUCUCAUUUCUAUCUGUGUUGUCUUGAUGAUCGAUGCAGAGAAAGCUGGGAGUGAACGCGAUGACUUCUCUUUAGGCGCCAUCAACUGUUUCUUCAUCCUGUACUACGUUCUGGAGAUGGUCCUGAAAAUGUUUUCCCUGGGAAUAAAGAACUACAUCUCUUACCCAAGCAACAUUUUUGAUGGAUUUCUGACAUUCAUCUUACUGGUGUUGGAAAUUGCUACCUUUGCCCUAUACAAGUUCCCACAUCCUGGCUGGAAACCAGACAUGCAAGGCCUCCUGUCCCUCUGGGAGAUGGUUCGUCUUGUCAACAUGUUUAUCGUUUUCAGAUUUCUAAGGAUCAUCCCAAACAUGAAGAUGAUGGCUUUAGUAGCGGGCACAUUAUUGGACCUAGUGAAGAAUCUUCGGGCAUUUGCUGGAAUCCUUGUGGUGGUAUACUAUGUUUUUGCAAUCAUCGGUAUUGACCUGUUUAGAGGUGUCUUGCCAAAUCCAAGGAACACAAGUUCUCCAGCUAAUGGGAACACCACCAAUGAGACUGCACAGUGCGGGACCUUUGAGCAACUUGAGUAUUGGCCGAACAACUUCGAUGACUUUGCUGCUGCUCUUGUGACACUGUGGAACGUGAUGGUGGUGAAUAACUGGCAGGUUUUCUUGGAAGCCUUUUCCAGAUACACAAAUCCAUGGUCGAAGUUGUACUUUGUGGCAUGGUGGCUGGUGUCUUCUGUCAUUUGGGUUAACCUCUUUGUUGCUUUGAUUUUAGAGAAUUUUAUCCACAAAUGGGAUCGCAGUUACAGGCACUCACUAUCUGCAGCCCAGCAAGUAGAGUACCACAUGACAGUCCAGCUGAUGUUCAGGGAAGACUUAGAAGAACCAACAGAUGAAGAACUUCUGGACAGGUUACAUCAUCACCCUCACCUUCAUCUAUCCAGAUGA